GGCAAUGUUUUGGACGCACUUUUCGUGUGGAUCCCACAAGCUGGAUUAUUGAUGGGCUCAGCCUUUUCCUUGUCCUUUUUAAUAUUUAUGUUUAUCCUGUCUCUUUUAAGUAAGAGUCAGGUAUCAAUAACCAGCAAUCAAAAAUCGAUAAUUGUGAUUAGGUUUGGAUAAGUAAUUAGCUACGACACUCAUGUAAAGUCGAGUGCACAAAAUUGGUCAAACGCAAUGGAAAAACAAUCAAGGCAAUAUCAAUUUUGAAAGAUCGUAAUAAUUUGCUUUCCGGGCAAAAUUUCCCCUUGGCUAUAAUGUUUAAAACUUAUCCUCACUGCUUUGCCAUGUCUAAUUCAUAAACAAAGCCAAUUUUGUCUUUUUGUGCAUCUGUCAAGAACAAUUUGAAGUACGUUCACACACCAUCACAAAAUGAAUUCCAUUUCGUAACAAGUGCAUCGGAAAACAUUCAAUCAUAUCGUCAGCUCCAAGCAAGUUUUGGGUUUUCACGUACAAUGACGUGAUUCCAUUUGUUUCCAGAUUGAUCUCAAGAUCGUUUGAUUAAACCACUAUUGAAAGGCAGGCCACGGAGAAAAGAGGGAGAGAAAAAGGGCAGGGAACGCAAUCUUCGUCUUGACUGUAUCUCCGUCCUUACAUCUCAGUCUCACACCCAAACUGAUGAUGGACCAUUUUCUUUCGAGCUCGGUUCCCUUUCGUUUUCUAGUGCUGCAGGGUGGCUAGUGCGGUGACUGAGCUUUAAGGCACAGAAGGCACAGGGGGGAAAGAACGGGAACACUAUACACCAACCGCUCACUCACUCACUGACUCACGCACGUUAGAAGGCCGCCGUGUCGGUGGCACUCAUGGUUGUCAGUCCCUCUCGAACUUGCCCUUCUAUGUCCCACAAUAUCAGCUGGGCUCUCUUCAUUUCUUGACUGGCAAGGAGGGGGGGAUCUCCCACACACUCGCUCUGUUCCUUUUUUUUCCUCUCUGAGAGGAUGGCUCUAUGAACCAGUCAAGGCACUGAAGCGUUUGGUUGGGCACCACAAGGGAACAUGAAGGGGAACAAGUGCCUUUCCUCCCCGCCCUCAAUUUUGGGCGUGUAUCAUGACCGUCGUCAUUGAAGUCGAGAGGCGGCGGCAGUCGGGAUAACAGGGGCAAAUUCAGCCUUUCCAAGCAACCAAAGGCUAAAGGCUUUGGCUACAUUUUGGGAUGGAGGGGCGAAUCAACAGCAGAACAUAAUAUGAGACCCGCUGGCGAGUAGUAGAUCUUGGGAGUGUGGUCCUAAUGGAGCCUGAGCAUGUGUGGAUGUUUUGAACUCUCAAAGGCCCGUUUCAAACAUGUGGAAUUCUUGAGUGAUAUCUAAGUGACCAUAUCAAGAUGCAUCUGCAUUGGGAGCGUUCCACCAAUACGGCUGGGGAUUGCAAUAUCCGGUCUAUGUCUUGGAUGGGUCGGGUGCCCGAUGAAAUACCGCAGGACGAGGGUUGGAAGCUCAACAGAGUCAAUUAUUACCAAGAAGGCUGGUUGAGCACGGCCAAUCUAAGGGGAGUGGUGGGCGUGACUUACACUACAUCGCAUUGUGGUCUCUUGGGAACUGUGGAUGAAGAUGAAAAAGGUGUGGAACCACCUCAAAGAACAAAUUACAAUCUCCGAGGUCAUCUUUUUGAGGUGACCUUUGUGUGUUGGAACGAGCCUUAUCAGAAGCUCGCCACAUGCGACACGUCCGGCGUGAUUUUUGUGUGGAUCAAAUACGAGGGGCGUUGGUCCAUCGAGCUCAUUAACGACAGACACACACCCGUGAUUUGUUUCAGUUGGUCGCAUGAUGGCAGGAUGGCCCUCAUCUGUUAUCAGGAUGGCUUUGUAUUGGUUGGCUCGGUGGCUGGACAACGAUAUUGGUCCACGAUUCUUCCGAUUGAAACCCAACAAGUGACCAGUGGAACGUGGACCCCGGAUGAUCAAUUCGUGUACAUGGGAACCUCGCAAGGUGAGAUCUUGGUAAUGGAUCUGACUGGGAACAUGGUGAAUCGAGUGGUUCAAAAAGUGGGUGUUCCUAUCGUGGAACUUGCUUGGAAUUGCGAGCGAUUCAACAUGGAGGAACAGAACGAGACCGCAACACAUCCCAAGGGAAAACGACCAGACGGAAGCUCCCAUCUCCUCGCUGUUUGCCAUAAAGAUGGAGAGAUCCAUUUGAUCCACAGCUACGAUGAUAUCAUCCCACAGGUGUUUAACUGCGGAUUCCAAGAAUAUUUGGUCGAUUGGACCAACAGCGGAGAGAUUCUAGCAGUGACCGGCAAAGAACGAGAACUCACCUGCAAAGCUGAUCAUUCGUUCACAUACAUUAACUCCGUUCUCUUUUACAACGACCGGGGAGCCCUUAUCUACAAGGUCCAAGUGCCCUCGGAUAAGUCUCCAGUGACGGCCAUGACCUGGGGCCAUAACGACAAACGACUAUUUGUGGCCACCGGCAAUCAGAUCCACGUGGCUUGGGUCUCCCAUCACAUUGCCUCACUUCAACUCUUGAGCCGACUGAAGGUUCAAAGAACCUUGGCUAAUGCAGAUCAGGUCCAGCUUUUGCCGCUCCCUUGCCGCAUUCAAAACCUUAUCGGCCUUUUAUUCACUUGUACAAUCAGGUCCAGUGUUCCAAACCCUCAAAAUCUUCGGGAUUUUGCAAUCCGACCACAUCCCGAAAAUGUGCGAUUGUAUUGCACGAUGGUUCGUCAUGGAGGCGACGAGAAUGUGGGAAGUUCCUAUACGCUGUAUCUGGAACAUCUUGGAGGGUUCCUACCUUUGCUCAAGGGAAAGAAAGUCAGUAAGCUGCGGCCUGACUUCGUUAUUUAUGAUCCCGCCAUGUCAGAGGAAAAUGCCCAAGUAUGGACGUACAUGCCUGCCAACCAUUUCACUCGACGAGGAAUUUCAUUAUCCGAUCCCAAUGAGGUGGAAUUUGACGGGGAUGCCUUGUCAUUGCGAGGACAAAGCUCUGCCGUGGGAAGUGGAGCUGCGAGACUUGGUAAUAAUCAGGGAAGUCCAAGAAAUAGACGAAGGCAGCAACGAAGAUUGCCCCAAGGCUCCUCCGUUCAAAGCCGACGAAGAACGGGAAGUUCCGAGCGGAACAGUUUGAUCGAGAAUACUGAAUGUGUGAACCUGUUGCCCGAGGACGAGAGGCUGGCUGAGGUCACGUCUAAUUUCUGGGGUACUAAGUUCCAAAUUACCUCGGGCAAUUUCCAUCUGCUCCCUUUGUCCUUGGGCGAAGUGACUUAUAAAGCCAGCUUAUUGCAUCUCCAACCAAGACAGAUGAGAUUAGAGAUCAUAGACCUACUGGACGACCACCGGGAUCCCUUCGGAUCGGCGUUCAAUCUCGAUGACGACGAGAAUGAAGAGUCCGAUCUGGAAGACAGCGAAUUUGACCAAGGUGUAGUGAUGAAAGACGAUAUUCUCAGAGCUGUCAAGGCAAACGCUAACAAGAGCUCGGAGAGCUCGACCCACGAUCUUGAUUCAGACUCCACUGGUCUUUCCAAUAUGAAUAUUGCUCCAAUUGCCCCUCUUCCAACUCGGCUCUCGUUUUGCCUAACACCAAGGAACAUGAGUGCCGCAGCAACCCCUUGUGCCAAUAAUGAGUCCACCAUUUGCGAGGCAAUUCUCAAGGAAGAGACUGACGAUCACACCCAACCCAUCAAGGUGCAGAGAAACGUAACCAAUCGUAAACUACGAAAGAGCCCAGUGAAGACUGUUGUGGGCCAAGUUCUUGCCAAAGUGGAAGGCAUUCCUUUGAGCCAGAGUGAUGCCAUCCUGGAGGACAUUCAUGACUCGAUGGAACCCGUUCCUUCUACUUCCAACGCAACUGGUCAAGCCAUGUCGAUGGCAUUGGGAAAUCUUGGUAGCCCGACAUCUUCACCCUCGAAAAGGCUACUUCGAAUGUCUGUGAGCUGUGAUAAUUACUUGAGUGAGGCCAAGUUCGCUUUGAGUCGACGUGAUUCUGUGGGAUCUGGUAGUCCUCACUCUUCCAAAGGCUCACCUCGUCGGUGGGCUGCCAAAGCUGAUGAGAUUACGAGGGAGACCGACAUGGCCACUGUAGACCAGGUCAUGGCCAAGUCGUUGAAUUUGGCAGAUCUGACUCCGACAAACCCUUGGCAUAGCAAUUCAGCUAAUGAAUUGGAUAUGAUUGUAGACUUACUAGGCGUUCCAAGUGAUCUCCUAGGCCAUCAAGAUCUUAGUAAGAGGUUAAUCUUGCUUGGGGACAAGAAACCCAAGUCCAAGGUCAGCCUCGACAAGAUUGGCAAAAGUGCAAGUUGUGAUGAUGAAGAAUACCCCAAGGUGACCAUUGUCAACGGUCAAAAAGUUGUAAGAAGACGUAGGAAGAAGAGAUUGGCAUCGGAGGCAGAUAAGAAGAGGAUCGAGGUCAAGCGUCAAAGCAUAUACGCCAAGAAUUGCAGGGGUCGGAGUGAGACCAAAUCUUGUCAGAACUGCGAUGCCAUCGCGAUGGCGAUUAACGAUGCUGAUCUAAACAAAGAGAUCUUUGACGUACCUUCCAAAACUAAGGCCAACUUACUGGAUUCUUCCGACACCGAGGAUAAUAUUCAAGUCCAAGUUGAGGAUCCCGUCGUGCUUCCCAAGGCGGAUUUCUCAGAGAAGGCUGCCCACAAUGGUGCUUCCUUGGGUUUGGAACAAAUCAAGGAGAACAUCCCGAGUGCCAGACAGUCCAGAGAACCAAGAAGAUUUGACGGGGUCAGGAAUAUCUUGGAAAAAGCUCGAGGCAUAUUGCUUGCAUCUUCAAGAUUUCGAAGCCGAUCCAAAUCCAAAGAAUCCCCUCAAGAAACCUCGACCACUAGGCGAGAUUCCUCUGUGGACAUAACGUUGCAUUUGAGCGAAGACCCUCCCAAGACGACGACCAAGUCCAAGAGAUUUAGAACGUCUAAUCUCUGGUCAAGAGGCUUAAGUCGAGGCCGUGAAGACGAACAAGUAGCUACCGUUGUUCAAAACGGAACUCAAAGCAGUCCCAAUACUCCUUUACAGAUGAGGAAAGCUAGGAACAGAUCGUUUUCGCCUGUCAGAGCCCUUUUGAAUUCCCCAUUGCUCCGACGGAAAAAGAUUCCCCACCCUCAAACUGAUUCCUCUGAGGAGGAUCUUGUUGAUUGUGCAGGACCGCGAAGUUCGCAUCAAAACCAACCUCCCGAGUGUGCCAACAAUGGGGAAGAAUUCCGUAAUCUGGAGACGUUCCAGAAGCAAAAAUUGAAGGAUAAGUUGAAGCGAAUUAACCAGCCAGAACCACCCGGAUCCAUUCGUCCUAGUCGCAAGAAUUCCACGUCCAAUCUCAAUCCGACGCCAAGUUCAACGCCACAAUUUCUCAGUCCAUUUUUGUCCCGCCGUGGAUUGGCCUUGCGGUCGCCCAAUCUUUCCCUGUCCUCCCGUCGAGAUUAUUUGCGCAACUUGAGCGCCCCACCCCCCGUGAAAGUGAGAAAGCGUCGAAAGCUCGUGUUGCGGAACAAAUCUCCCAUGUGGAACGAUACCAGUCAAGUUUACCAAUUGGAUUUUGGAGGCCGAGUCACCCUGGAGUCCGCCAAAAAUUUCCAGAUUGAAUACAAAGACACGCAGGUGAUGCAAUUCGGAAGGAUCGACACGAAUGCUUACACAUUGGAUUUCCAGUAUCCAUUCACUGCAAUUCAGGCCUUUGGCGUGGCCUUAGCCAAUGUCACACAACGAUUGAAAUAGCCAAUGAGGAGAUCUCGCCCACCCAUUGCGUCCUGCAAACAUGUCCAUUCUUUAUUUCAUUCUUGAUUCUUCAUGUUAUGGCUUUGUUCGUAUCAACUGGCCAUUGAUACUGUGGUUGUAUGCGUCUUGCUUGGCGCAGGUCCGUUAUGAACACUUCAUAGUCACAGCCAGGUCUGUUGGUUUGGAUCCGGAUGAAAUAUUAGUGCAGUUGUUUUUUAGACUUGCAUCAAGUAUUAUAGCACUAUUAGCUAUCAAUAAGAAAUUGAAUUGAGUGUUGACUCUUCGGAUGCCGAAGUGGUCCGGCGAGCAACGCGUUAAUGCAGGACGAUUUUACCGAUUUUACGCUCAUCCUUUUAUAGAAAAAACACCUCCACUCUCUUGUUGCUUUAAAAGUCCUAACAACGAAGGCGUCAACCUAGAGUCCGAGAUUCAUUCAGCUUGUUUCUAAAUCUUGUGAACUGUUGCUUUUCAUUGUUGUGAAGACGUCAAGCCAUCCUCAAAUACAUGUUGGAUUCAAUGAUCUUUA